AUGCCGAUCGGAGACCUCCUGGCCCAGAUCAGUGGCGGCGACGAUGGGGCGUCGCCGUCCCCCGCACAGAACCUCGCACGAUCGAAUACUCUACCCAAGAGGAAGGCCGACGAUGACAUUCGCCCGUUCGUCCCCAAGGCGCCUCGAGUCACGACGCUAUCUACCACAGUGGCACCACGGACAUCACAGCCGCCCAGACCCCGCCCUAACGAGACCUCGAGACCGACUCAACCAUCACGUCCGCUCGAUAGACCGACGCCUUCCCAGCGGCCAUCAAAUCCGAUAAAUGGUGGGGGUUCAAAACCCAAUGUUUUGUCUUCGAGACCCAUGAACGGGGGUAAUCGGAUCUCGAAGCCUGCCCCUCCCAGCAGGCCGUCCCCCGGCCCCUCGAACGCGCCUCCCGCCGCCCGUGGUGCACCACCGAAAAAGGGUUCUUUCGCUGAGAUUUUGGCUCGGGCUCAACGAGCCCAGGCCACGAUGGGUCAGGUCGGUAAGAUCCAGCACAAGAAGGUCGAGGGUGGCAAUAUCAAGAGGGAGAAGGAGGAGGCCAAGGCAGCAAAGGCGGACCCUCGAGACGCUAAGAAGCCAGCAAGGCCAAGUCAUCCUCCAGGCUACUCCGGCACGGCUAAACCAGGCCAACGGAAUGGCACACCUGUCAAUGGACAAAGCAGGGAUCCACGUAACGGUCGUGAUAGCAAGGCCCCGCCUCCGGCAAAGACAGAACGGGGCAAGGCAGCUGGAAGCAAGGCUUCUGGCAGAGCCGCAGCGGCUGCCGAGGAAGAAAAGAAGGUGAAGAAGGCCGUCACGGCAACCACGGGAUACACCGGCACAGCAAGACCGAGGCCCGGGAAUGCCACCAAGAAGAAGGAUACCCCCCGCGGUGGAGCGUUACUCAGCGCUCCACGGGCUCCUCGUCCGGCGCGUUCAAAGUCACGUUUCGAAGACGAGUACGACGAAGACAUGGACGAUUUCAUUGAUUACGACGACGAGGAAGAGGAUCAAGGUGGACCACGAUAUGAUUAUGCGUCUGACGGGUCCUCGGACAUGGAGGCCGGUAUGGACGAGCUCGAUAUCGAAGAACGCCGGGCAGAGCAGAUUGCUCGCCGUGAGGAUAUUGAAGAGGAGCGACUUGAGAAGAGACUCAAGGCCGACAAGGAGGCGCGCAAGCGUCAAGCGGCCUUGGAAGCACUUCGUGCUCGACGUCGAUGA